AUGAAGAUGUUGGACAGCGAACAUGAGCGCCUGCCACAGCCACCUAAUGACCACAACGUCUACACACUCGGCAGCAUCAAUGGACAUAACGUUGUCAUUGCUGGGCUUCACUCCCCUGGGAACAGCCCUGCGGCCGUAGUUGUCACUCAAAUGAGAAAUACGUUCCGGCAGUUAAGAUUCGGUGUCCUUGUUGGUAUAGGUGGUGGCGUACCGACAAGAACUGAGCAGGGAAACAUCCACCUCGGUCAUGUGGUGGUAAGCAAACCCGUUGGUGAACAUUCAGGUGUGGUGCAGUAUGAUCACGGGAAGGCCGAAGUCGGCCAAUUUCGACACACUGGCUACCUGGCUCCGCCGCCAACUGUGUUGCUCAAUGCCGCCCGAGAAAUGGACAUAAGGCGGGCAAUGACGCAGGGAGAUCCGCUUCUCAAUCAUAUCGCACGCAUCGACACGGCUGUUCGGGGCCUGCGGAGAUACAAGUAUCCUGGAGCAAACAAGGACCACCUCUUCCGAGCAGAAUAUGUCCAUCCUGACCCGCAUGUUUCCUGCCAGAAAUGCGGAUGCGAUUCGAGUCAGAUUGUGGAUCGUCGCGCUGAAGAUAGCGAUGAUGACGACGAUAUGUAUGACCAAGGGCAGCAACUAGUCGUACACAGGGGAACGAUUGCUGCUGGGGAGCUGGUCAUCAAACAUGGAAUGCUGAGAGAUGCACUAGCAAGGCAGUAUAAUAUCCUCUGUUUUGAGAUGGAGGCUGCCGGGGCAUUAGCUGACUUCCCUUGCCUUGUUAUACGGGGCAUCUCGGACUAUUCGGACUCGCAUAAGAAUUGCCGGUGGCAGGGUUAUGCUGCGGCAGCAGCAGCAGCAUACGCUAGAGAGCUGUUUUUUCACCUGCCUGUGGAUGAGGUCAAACAAUGCAAGAUAGCUGAGCACGGUCAGUAA